CCGCCAGCCCACGCCUUGCCUUCCUUCUACCUCCUCCCCUCCCGGCCUCCCGCCGCGCCGCCGCCGCCGCCUCUGUCCGUCCGACACCUCCCCUCUCUCCUCCAGGCAGAGGGGCUCCUCCUCUCGCGGCCGCCGUCGUCGUGUCGCGCUCCCCUCCCAUACCACCUCAGCUCAGCUGCGCUGAAGCGCGCCGUGUGUGCAACCAAGCUUGGAUUGGUCGCUGUUCGUGAGCUGCCAUGGCCAUGGCGAGCGCCAAGCCCGAGCCUGCUCAGAAGGCUAUGGAGGGCGGCGAGCAGGAGGCGGCUGCGGAUGAAAUGGAGAAGAAGCUGCACAAGUACUCGCGGGGGAAGGCGGCUAACCUCGGGGCUCUUCGCGACAAGAAACUGAGAGGGCAGCUCGCUGCAAGAGAGAAGCUCUAUGGACACUCUGCGAAAGCGGCCGCUCUGGCCGACACGUGGCUCUUGCCUACCGGGUUGGGGUAUUUAGAACCUGAAGAUGAUUUGGAGAAGACGUACAGAUAUAAGCAAGAGUCGGUUGUGAAGGAGGUGGAUCUUUUGAGUUCGAGGAAACCGUUUGAUAUGAUCUUACCUUUACUUGGUCCUUAUACUCUAGGAUACACAGGAAAUGGUCGGUACAUGGUAGUGGGUGGACGAAAAGGUCAUAUUGCUAUGAUGGAUAUGCUGAAUUUGGAACUCAUCAAGGAGUUUCAGGUGAGGGAAACUGUGCGUGAUGUGGCAUUCUUACAUAAUGAGCAACUCUAUGCUGUUGCACAGAAAAAGUACCCCUACAUAUAUAAUCGGCAUGGCACAGAAAUUCACUGCUUAAAGGAACAUGGUAAAUCGUUGAAGCUUCAAUUUCUGGAAAAACACUUUCUCUUGGCAUCAAUAAACAGCUUUGGGCAGCUCCAUUACCAAGAUGUAAGCACUGGUGAGAUGGUUGCAAAUUACAGGACAGGUCUUGGACGUACUGAUGUUAUGCGGGUAAAUCCUUACAAUGCUGUUAUUAGCCUUGGACAUGCCGGUGGCAAAGUUACCAUGUGGAAGCCGACCAGUGUGAAACCCCUUGUCACAAUGCUAUGCCAUAGUGGCCCUGUGACAGCCGUUGCAUUUGACAGGGGUGGUCAUCUUAUGGCAACAUCAGGUGUUGACAGGAAGAUAAAGAUUUGGGAUCUUAGGAAGUACGAGGUUAUAAAUUCUUUUGCUGCACGUGCUCAAUCCCUGGAUUUCAGCCAGAAAGGGUUGUUGGCAUGCAGCAAUGGAUCUCAAGUAGAGAUAUUCAGGGAUGCUGGUAGUCAGGAUUAUAAAAUUUAUAUGCAACAUAGAAUGGUAAAAGGAUAUCAGAUUGGGAAAGUUUUGUUCCGCCCCUACGAGGAUAUUCUGGGGAUCGGCCACUCCAUGGGCCUUUCUUCCAUUCUUGUUCCUGGAUCCGGUGAACCAAACUUCGAUACCUUUGUCGACAACCCCAUUGAGACUUCCAAGCAAAGAAGGGAGAAGGAGGUGCAAUCCCUGCUCAAUAAGCUUCAGCCAGAGACGAUAAUGCUGAACCCGAAUAUGAUAGCUACUGUAAGACCUUCAAGGAAGAAAGAGAAAAAGACCAAGAAGGAGAUCGAGGAGGAGAUGGAAGAUGCUGUCGAGGCUGCCAAGAACGCCGAGUUCAAGAAGAAAACCAAGGGUAGGAGCAAAGCCAGCAAACGGGCGAAGAAGAGGGAGGAGGAGGUUUUGAAAGCCAAGAGGCCGUUCUUGGAGCAAUACAAGGAGAACGAAGGGAGGCCUGACAAGAAACAACGGGUCGGUGAGGAGAUCAAGCUGCCGAAAGCGUUGCAGCGGUUUGCCAAAAGUAGACAAUGAUGGAGCACAGAAUCAAUAUUUUUUCUUUUGCUGCAAUCUCAUAUUUUUAUCAUGUAAUCGUCAAACAUGUCACCGUAUCUGCUUCGUUGUGAACUGGGAUUUUUGCACAUGAGGCAAUGGUGCGCAGAAGCAAGCACCCAAAUUUUGUUCUGAAUCUUUGAUAUGCUUGUGUGGCUAGAUGAGCAUGUAUGUCAUUACUGCAACAGAUAUUGACUCUAGUUAUUGAAACCUUUUCUUGCUUUUGCAUUAUCAGUAGACUCG